AUGGCUUCUGAAGAGGGGGAAACGUGCGAGAGCGAGGUAAGACUGGAGGAGCCAGGCUGGGUUUCCACACUGGGGAAGAUGAGGGAAUCACCUAACCAGGAGAGAGGCUUCACCUGCUUCCAAGAAGUCCAGAAGGGAACCUCCUCGGAGAAGAGGCCGGAAGAACGGGAAAAAGCUGAACAGGAGAGAAUUUGUACAAAGAGUGGGAAAGCCUUCAAAUGGAGCUCCUGUCUCAUUGAACAUCUGAGGAUACACACUGGAGAGAAGCCCUACAAGUGUUGUGAGUGUGACAGAGCCUUCAACCACCAGUCAGCCUUGAUUAAACAUCAGAGAAUUCACACCGGAGAGGAGCCCUACGGAUGCAGUGAAUGCGGAAAGGCUUUUAGUCAACACUCUACUCUGAUUGUCCAUCAGAGAAUUCACACUGGGGAGAAACCCUACAAAUGUCCUGAAUGCGGGAAAGUCUUCAGUCACCACUCAACCCUGGUUACCCAUCAGAGAAUUCAUUCGGGAGAGAAGCCGUACAAGUGUGAUAACUGUGGCAGAGCCUUUGGCGACCAUUCCAAUCUUAUCAAUCACCAGAGAGUUCACACUGCAGAGAAAGACUUCAGUCAACCCUCAGGCCUUACUGAGCGGCGGAGGACUCAUAGCAGAAACGCAACUCGAGAGAAACCCAACCGGCGUAAGGAUUGCGGAAAAGCCUACAGUCGGCAAUCGGCCCUCGUGAAGCACCAGAGAAGUCACACCAGAGGGAAACCGUACAGGUGCAAUGACUGUGGAAAGGGCUUCGGCCUGCAGUCGGUCCUUCUUAAACAUCGGAGAAUUCACACGGGGGAGAAACCCUACAAAUGUAGGGAAUGUGAGAAGGCCUUCAGUAAUCACUCCAACCUUAUUAAUCAUCAGAGGAUUCAAACUGGGGAGAAACCCUACCGGUGCACAGAACGUGGAAAAGCCUUCAGUCAACAUUCAACUCUGAUCGGGCAUCAGAGAAUCCACACUGGAGAGAAACCCUACAAAUGCCACGAAUGCGGAAAAGCCUUCUGCCUGAACUCAGCCCAUGUCGGGCAUCAGAGAGUCCACACUGGGGAGAAACCCUACAAAUGUCCCAAAUGUGAGAAAGGCUUCAAUCAGUACUCAGCCCUUAGGAAGCACCAGAGGAUUCACACGGGAGAGAAACUGUUCCAAUGUAGUGAGUGUGGCCAAGGCUUCAACAUGCACUCCAAUUAUAUUAAUCAUCAGAGAAUCCACACCGGAGAGAAACCCUACAACUGUAGUGAAUAUGGGAAAGCCUUCAGUCACCACUUGACCCUUAUCAACCAACAGCGAAUUCACACUGGAGAAAAACCUUGUAAGUGUGCCAAGUGUGGGAAAGCCUUCAGUAUGAGCUCAAACUUUAUUAAUCAUCGGAUAAUUCAUAUGGGAGAGAAACCCUUCAAUUGUAAUGAACGCGGUAAAGCCUUCACUCACCACUCAACCCUGAUUAAACAUCAGAGAAUUCAUACUGGAGAGAAACCAUACAAGUAG